GAGCAGGAGACAACGCCUCCUCGUGACUUGUAAAAUCUAAUGGAGAAGAAGCCGAAACCAUACAGCCGUAGUCAAUUGAUUCUUCAUAAUGGAAGUUCUGAGGAGGUGUAGGGGAAUUCAGCUCUGAUGUCUCACGGCACAACCAAUUUUGGAUGGAAAAGUUAUUAUUAUGUACAUUUCGGUUUCACAAAGGACACGAUUUAAACCGGACACGGUGCUGAGAGUCGAUCAAAGCAAAGACAGAAGAAGAACAUCGUCGUCUUCAUCUUUUCACUGACAGCAUCAUGAAGACUCUCUGCUUCGCUCUGGGGCUGCUGCUGCUCAUCGCCGGCUGCUGCGACGCCAUGUCUCACGCUCUGCAGUUCAUGGCCCCUACAAAGUGCUGCUUUAACUUUUACACAAACAGUUUACCUUUAAAGAGGAUAUCCAGCAUCAUCAAGACCCACAGCUCCUGUCAGCAGCAGGCGUUCAUAGUCCAGACGAUCAGAGGACGACAGAUCUGCUACAGCGGGACUUUCCCGUGGGCUCUGGACGUCUACAAUCUGCUCCACAACACCGAGGGCAGCGGUCAGCAGCAAUGA